UGUUUCAGCAUUCCCUAAUCCCUUAACCUCCAACUUCUAAGAACUAGUGAAAUAGCCAGAUCGAGCGAGGUUUGGCCAAUCGAUGCGGCCUGUAAUUUUUUGAUGGACUCUGCUAUUUUCAAAGCUGUCUGGAUCUCGGUUAAGCGAAACUUAGUCAGUGUGUUAUUUCCUACAAUUACGGUGCUUGCGGUUUACACGGAUCUGAGGCAUACGGCUCGCUGGAAGCGCCAACUUGCUGAACAGCAGGACAAGUGAGACUACGCUGAGACAUGAGUCUACUUCAGAGUUUGUCAUCACACAAGCACAUCUGGAAGAUGUACUGGACUCUCAUCUUUCCCUUCGCAGGUUUUAUGAUUGGUCAUAAGAUAGAUAAGAUGGAAACACAGAGGAUGACAACAUUCAGGGAUAAAUCAGCAUUGUACGGCAGAGAGUUAAAGCCUGGGGAGCCACCUUCUUGGCCAUAUUAGCUAUCUUUGUUGCACAUCGUUCAAAACUUAAGAAAUAGCAGAAUCAAUUAGUGCUUGUUAAGUUAAUUAAAAAAUAAAUAUGUUCAAAUGAAAACCA